UCAAUGAUAACAAACAAAAUUAAAGAAAUAUGAUAAAAAAAAAAUUUUUUUUUUGUAUGCUGUGUCCUUUAAAAUAGAACAAAAACAUUUGAAUUUCAAUGAAAAAUUUAAUAAUGCAGAACAUGAGUUUCCUAAAAUCAGCAGUUAUUCGGGGAUUCUCCAAAACUGCCAUUCAUCGUUUCCCAAAACCAAAUCCACGCCAGGCCGAAUUGAUGGCACGUAGCUUGCCAAAGCGAGUUCCUCUGACAGGGGUUCGAGAUAUUGUGGUUGUUUCAUCCGGUAAGGGAGGUGUAGGAAAAACUACGACUGCUGUCAAUUUAGCUGUUACGCUAGCAAAUAUGGGAAAAAACGUUGGGAUAUUGGAUGGGGACAUAUUUGGUCCUUCAGUUCCAUUGAUGAUGAAUGUUACAGAGAUUCCAUUGGUGGAUGACAACAAUUUGAUGCUACCUCCGGUAAACUAUGGUGUUAAAUGUUUAUCCAUGGGAUUGCUGGUAGAAACUGGACCAGUAGUGUGGCGUGGCCCUUUGGUUAUGUCUGCCAUUCAAAGAUUGCUUAAAGGAGCGGUUUGGGGACCUUUGGACAUUCUAGUGGUUGAUACACCCCCUGGAACCGGAGACGUUCAUUUGUCCCUGAGUCAACAUGUACCGAUCUCCGGUGUUUUGCUAGUUAGUACUCCUCAAAUUGCCGCUUUGGAUGUUACAAAAAAAGGAGCGGAAAUGUAUCGAACAUUAAAGGUUCCGUUGAUCGGAUUAGUAGAAAAUAUGAGCCAUGUCGUGUGCAAUAAGUGCGAAAAUCGAAUCGAACUGUCUUCCAAUUCUACUCAAGACUAUGCUCGAAAACUUCAUGUGGAAGUGCUUGGAAGCAUCCCAAUUGAAAAGGAUGUUAUGCACUGUGGAGAUUCAGGAACACCACUUUGUUUGAAAUAUCCAGAGUCGAAAUUUGCCCACGUGUAUCGUAGCAUAGGACAAAGAGUGAUAGAUUUUUUAGAAACUUUGUGAUAAGCCUUCUUUUUGCGUUUUUCAAGCGCUUCGGCAUAUUUCUUCUUGUUAUACUUUUGGAACUCGGCAUCCUCCAGGAGCUCGUCAACGAGAGUUUUAGCUUUGGUUUUCUUCGUUCCACGUUCGUUGUAGUAGUCCAGGGGCGAAGCAAUUACUUUGCCAAUCUG